GGGCGGGGCCAGGUGAGUGGGGUCGCGUGGCUUCGACUUCGCCCUCUCCUCCCUCCUCCUCCCUCCUCGUGCCGGCCAGAGUCGAGCAAAAGGCGGAGGAGGAGGAGCGCCUUGCCUCACAAUCAUCCCACCGCGAGGAGCUUCACACCGGCAGCAGACCUCCAUCACCUGACGGCAUUUUUUUCCCUACCCAGAGAACGUUAAAGCAAACAGAGGAAAAGAAGCAAGGCGAAAGAGGAUAAUUGCGUUUCUGGCUGCCCCGUGGGAACAUGGGAUAUAUGACCUCAUCAUUCACCUGCGAGGCUCUCCACUGAACAACCCCACACAGUGCAGACGUAUGAUGGACGCAGCGGUCGAGGGUGAUGACGCCCACCACGUGCCGUCAUGUGAUGUCAUCAGCUGCUCCCCGCCUCCCCCUUUUGCGCCCUCCCUCUGCAGCACUCCAAAAGAGGAUGAGGACAGGAAGCCGGAGCAGCAGACCCUUUGCAAGCACAUGCAGCCAAAGAAAAAAGUCAAGGCCAAAGGCAAGCUGAUGCGCAGCAUGGCCGUGUGCGAGGACACACAGGAAGACAACCAGACCACGUCCAUCGUCUCGCCCCCCCGCCACGAGGAAGACUCCACUUCUUGCCAGGAGGAGGAGGAGCAGGAAGCUGACGAAAAGAAAAAACUCUCCAAAGAGUCCAGCGUGGAGUACACUGACUCCACCGGCAUUGACUUGCAGCAGUUCAUCGUGGACACCCUGAACAGUAACCCCAGGGACCGCAUGAUGCUGCUCAAGCUGGAGCAGGACAUGAUCGACUUCAUCACCAGCGAUAGCCCCUUCAAAAAGUUCCCUCACAUGUCGUCCUACCACCGCAUGCUGGUCCACAGGGUGGCGGCCUACUUUGGCAUGGAGCACAACGUGGACCAGACGGGGAAGUCUGUCAUCAUCAACCAGACCAGCAGCACUCGCAUACCAGAGCAGCGUUUCCUGGAUCAGGUGCACGAGAACAAAGCCACAGAGAUCCAUCACUGGAAAAGCAUUUUAAAGCGGGACAACAGCACAGAUGAGCAGACACGACGCUACACCUUACGCGAGAAGCAAAGCAAGUCUGUGGAGGAGCGGGAGGAAGAAUACCAACGAGUGCGGGAUAGAAUCUUCAGCCAAGAGCCUCUCUGCACGCAGGAGGGCAGCCAUGCAGAAAGCAGGACUGCGGAGGAGUGCAACCCCUACGCUGAGACCCAGAGGAGAAGGCAGCUCUUCAGGGGGAGUCGUGACAGCUCGGGCUCCAGCUGGACGGGAAGCAGCAGGCAGAGCAGCACGGAGACGGACUGUCGCUACAGCAACGACCCCCGACCGUGGAGCAGCACCGACUCGGAUUCCUCCUACCAGUGGACCAGCCCCGCCCCCAAGCCUCACCAGGUCGCCAGUCACGGCUGGGACGGGCGAGGCGUAGCAGGCUCCAUCUCGCUCUUCAGAGUCUCCUCCACCUGCCCCCAACCCUCCUCCCCCUCCACCAUGGCCGAGCCCGCCGCUAACCCCGCAUACAUCCUGGAGAACGGGAUCCCGCCCGGAAGCAUCCUUGUCAACCCUCACACUGGGCAGCCUUUCCUGAACCCUGAUGGAACCCCUGUGGUUUACAACCCGCCUGCUGGCCAGCAGCCAAUCAGGAGCCAGAUGCAAGGUGCUCCGUCACAGCAGCCUCCGCCACAGGUAUACUCGUCCGUCGCCUACACUGCCCCGCAGAUGCUACCCGUCGCUUCCUCGCAGCCGUUCCCCGGCGUGGACGAGCUGUCCUCACAGUUUGCACACGUGACCGUCAGCUGUCAGUCAUCAGGAGAAGCCCCGCCCCUUUACCCGAGCGGACAGAGCUUCGUCUAUGCAGCUCCGCCGCUUCCUCCUCCCCCUCCUCCCCCCGCUAACCCUAGCUACUGCCAGCCCUCGCCGCAGGUUGUGUUUCAGGUGCCUGCCUUCUACUACAGCCAGUAUCCUACCUCACCUCAGAACCCCGUCAAGGCCGCCUCCCCCAGCUGCAACCGCGCAGGUUACGCCCCCGUGGUGGGGGUGCAGCAGCCUGUGCUGGGGGGCUACACUCCAAUGGCCCCCCACCACUGUAGCAUGGUUCAGGGGGGCGUAUCCAUGUCCUAUCCACAAAAUAAAGUCGGGGAGGCGGCCUACUGCUGCAUGGUGCCCCCGCCACCCCCACACUGUGCCCACCCUGCCAGCAAUCUCAGCGGCCCCGCCUGGACCGCAUAGCACUGAUGUUGUGGAUGAAGUGAUUGCUCUCUCUCUCUCUUUCUCACACACACACACACACUGAUUUAACCCCCCCCCCUUCUCACUGUCUUUCUCCCCACUGUGCCCAGAUGUUCGCACAAACCACGCCCACUUUAUAAUACACUGUACCAAAGCUUCAAAGUGCAUAUAUUCAUAUAUUUAUCAAAGCUGCUGUAUUGAAUGCAUAGUUUCUACACACAAAUGAGUUUUAUAUUGAUAUGAAAUGAUAUAUAUAUAUAUAUAUAUAUAUAUUGUGAUUGAAAGAAAAUGCACUGUGUGAAUAUACAAUAAAAAGAUGUGGCGGACUCGACGAGGUCACGUUAGCCUAUCAACGCCGUUUGGCUCUUUGCGUUUCACACGCGACACCGCAUUAAGAUACAUUUAUACUUGUGCCUGCAGUUAGAGCCCCCUACUGCCCAAAGACUGUAUCGUCAAGCACUUAUUCUCAUGAUGAGAUCGUUACAGUUCUGUUAACAAAGCUGAUGUAAAACAUUUCCACUUUCAUAGCGUGCGCACAAAGUCAACUAUAAUCAGUGUUGUGUACUCAAGAAAAAAGCAAUUACUGAUAGUC